UCCUUCACCCCUUAAUAUCUUCACUUCCCUACCUCACGCAAAAUUAUCACUCCCACACAGGAGCAUAGGAGCCUUACUCAUUGCUUCCAUUGCCAUUUUCAAAUCCUUUCGUCUUCUUCGAGAUCAAAAAGCUCUAAUCUCCUUUCUUCUCUCUUUAGAAAUCCAUAAAAGUAUGUUGCUGAAGGCUGCUCCUGCUCUCUCUUUGAUUAACACUCGUGGGGAGAAUCUGGGUCCUCUGUUUUCCUCUGUUUCUUCCUCGUCUAAUCCUCCUUUUCCAAUGAUUCUUCGUGGAAAAACUGGAACUGGGUUUGUGGUCUGUGCAUCAAAGGGUGCAAAUGACAAGCCAUUAACUGGUGUUAUUUUUGAACCUUUUGAAGAGGUCAAAAAGGAGCUCAAUUUGGUCCCUACUGUCCCUCAAGUUUCCCUUGCUAGACAGAAGUAUGCUGAUGAGUGUGAAGCUGCCAUUAAUGAACAGAUCAAUGUGGAGUAUAAUGUCUCCUACGUGUACCAUGCCAUGUUUGCUUAUUUUGACAGGGACAAUGUUGCUCUCAAGGGUCUUGCCAAGUUUUUUAAGGAAUCAAGUGAGGAAGAAAGAGAGCAUGCUGAGAAAUUUAUGGAAUACCAGAACAAAAGAGGUGGAAAAGUGAAGCUGCAGUCAAUAGUAAUGCCCCUUUCGGAGUUUGAUCAUGUGGAAAAAGGAGAUGCAUUGUAUGCGAUGGAGCUUGCUUUGUCUCUGGAAAAAUUAACAAAUGAAAAGCUCCUGAACUUGCAGAGUGUGGCUGAGCGGAACCAUGAUGUGCAGUUGGGUGAUUUUGUUGAAAGUGAGUUCUUAUCAGAACAGGUGGAAGCCAUCAAAAAAAUUUCUGAAUAUGUUGCUCAGUUGAGAAGAGUGGGCAAAGGACAUGGAGCGUGGCACUUCGACCAGAUGCUUCUCCAUGAGGAAGAGGCAGUUGUUGCAUAAUGAUGGAGACAUCUUAUUUGCUGCUUAAGUACCAUUUUGAAGGUUAUCCUAAGCUAUCUUUUUGGGUUAGUAGUUGUUGAAAGAUUUUUGGAGGUGUGCUUAGCUCAGACAUUAGGUGGUGUUUGAUAAGAUGAGAGACCUUUAAAAAUGGGUUUAAUCCCUCUUCCUUGACAAUGAUAAUCCUGUUUAAAAGCGUUUGAAAUAUAUGAAUAUCUUUUAUUCCUAA